AUGACAUCCACUUCCCUUCAGCAAGAGGUUGAGUCAGAGGUGUCUUACGUCCUCAAAGUCAACUCCUUGUUAGUUUCCGUGUUAGCCCUAGGCAUAUAUGACUAUCUUUUAAACAUGGGACUCGAAAUCGAGUUCAUAUGGAGCAAGAAGUUUACCUCAACAAGCCUGGUAUACAUCUUAAUGCGUUAUGUUGGGUUAGCCUACGUAGUCUCAGACAUAGUCCUUGAUCUAAAUGUACCAUUUUCUGGCCUGGAGUGAGUACGAUAUGCUGUAUCUGACAAAGAAGGAUCUCAUGGUCUUUCUGUAGCUGUUUUGGUCUCUAUGUGCUUGCACAAAUCUCUGUACUCCUAGUAACGUUCUUCCUCCAAGGGAUGAUGUCUAUCCGAGUAUACGUCCUCCUUGGAAGACCAAUGACUAUCCUAGUCGUCCUAGGGAUGUGCUUUGCGGCUACCCAAAUAUUCAGUAUAACCUCUUCGAUAUUCUUCUUUGCACCCGGAUCUGUGUACUGGUCGGAAGCGCAGCUGCUCAGCAUCGACUUCUGCAACGAUGACAUUCCCACGAACAGGGACUGGACUUAUCCAGCGUACUGCAUGACAGUACUAGCAUACGAGGUUAUACUCUGCGCGCUAGCUUUACGACACGCGUUCAAGAAUCUUUCCGUUUCCGCAUGGCGCGAACCAGCCCGUGCGGCGGUUGGGCUUGGCUCGAUCAUAGUGCGAGACAACUUGGUGUACUUUUUUAUCGUCCUCGUGUCUCUGACACUUUCAUCCGUUAAUUUUGUUCCUGCCCUAUCUAACUCGAUUGCAUACGUCGGCUUAGAGAAGCUGAUGCAACUCACUUUGGUGACCAUGGUUGGACCGUGGAUGAUAAUAAGCUUGCGUAAAAGCUAUGAAAAGGGAGCAGCAGCAGGUAUCCAUAGUUCUAGUGAACUGACUAUGUCGUUUGCUGCCGCGGCUAUGCCUAGUGACGAUGAGAUGGAAAUGGCGUAG